AAAAAACAUCAAUCUGUGUAAACAAGCAGUGAGUCUUUUACUCCAGCCUCAGACUAUUAAUCAGUGAUGAUUUGGAUGCUGUAAAGUUCAGUUUAGUCAAAUUGAAGUUCAAAUAGUUUAUAUAAAACGCAAUGAUUAAAAUAUACUGUGUCGUUUUGCUUGCCAGUUUCAUCGAUUUAGCGUUUGCUCAAAAUAUCUAUUGCUAUUAUGACAGCAUCGCUGCUACGCUCAGUACUCCAUUAGUUCUAGACAGUCUUCUCGCUGCUAAUUGUACUCAUUAUACGUACAUUGGUCUUGGUUUAACUUUGAAGGGAGAACUAAGAUUCCUGCGAGAUUAUGACAAAUCUGCCGGCUUUAGUGCAUUCCAACUGCUACGCUCGAGCAACGGAAAACUAUUGAUCUCACUUGGGGGCGUUUAUGAAAGCAGCUCAACCUUCUCCACCGUUAUCGGUUCUUACACGGAUACUGUCAUCAAUAAUAUCGCUUUGUUCUUGAAUCGUUACAACUUUGAUGGUAUCGAUAUUGACUGGCGUUAUCCGGCCAGUCGAGGAGGCAGAGCGGUGGAUAAGACCAAUUUCCAGAAGUUUAUUAUACGACUGAGGGCCAGACUGAACAUGAUCAACAAGCUACUGGUCAUUUCCGUUUCGCCGAAUGAGAGCGUAUUCACGGCGGCAUACGAUAGCACCACUCUCAGCUUAUAUGCAGAUAUGAUAAAUAUUUUUGCGUUCAACUUCACCGACGUAACGGAAACAAAGACAGCAAAUUUGGCUCCAUUAUUUUCAAAUACGGCAAAUCCGGUUAGCGUGAACUCAUCCAUCUCCGACUGGCUAUCGACCAAAGUGAGAAAAGGCAAAAUUAACCUAGUCGUGGGGACAUACGCUCGGACCUACACACUCGCCAGUGCCAAGCAAAAUACGCUUGGUGCGCCGAUCCGUGGCCCGGGGAUCGCAGGUGUAAACACUAAGCAAAGCGGUUAUUUGGCACAGUACGAGUUCUGUGCGCUGAACGCCGGAUAUGCGAAUACAACGGACGAUGUAACGUAUACCGUCUUCUACACCAAGGAUACCAGUUGGAUUAGUACUGAAACGGCUGAUACUCUCAUCCAAAAGUAUACCUAUGUGCUGGACCGAGCCCUUGGGGGAGUAGCAAUCUAUUCGCUUGAUUGGGACGACUGGAGUGACCAAUGCGGCGGAGGUGUAUUCCCUGCAGUGGCAUUGGCACAGCAAUAUCUGUAUUUGGGCAGCAGCAAUCCGUAGUUUUGUUGAUUCUUAUAGCGUUCGCCGAUCGCAAACCAGUCGGGCUGUUAAUAUCGUUGUCAUCAAAUCCUAAUAAAACAAUUUGGAAAAAAAAAA